AUGGCGUCCGACUCGGAGAACAACAUGGCCGACAUGUUCGGCGACGACGCUGAAGCCACCGCCGCCACCGCCGCGUCAACCUCGCCUCCUGCCGAGCAGAACGACGACGACGAUGACGAUGUUGUCACCGGAAGACGCGCCACCGCCGGCGCUGGAGCCGCGGCGAGUGACGAGGAGCUCAACGACGACGAACCGCCGCUGGACGAUGAAGAUGACCUUUUCGGCGAUGGGGGGGAUGAGGAAGAGGCCGAGCAGGCGCCGGCUGAACGCACACUCGAUGACGAGGAGCUUGAUUCUGGCGACGACGUGGGUCGCGAGGACCGUGUCAAGAGUGCGGCUGCGGAGGAGUUCGAGGCCAUGGAGCUCCAGAUAGCCGAGGCAUCGCUGCCACGCCAUGCAGUUCCCGAGCCUAGCGACAACGAGCUCUAUCUUAUGAGAGUGCCGCGCUUCCUCGCAUUCGAUCCCAAAACAUUCGUCCUGGAGAAAUGGCAGCCGCCCACGACGGACCAUCACAGCAAGAAGGAGGCACCAUCGACAUUCUCGCCCUUCAAGACCGCCCAGACCACCAUUCGCUGGCGUCAUUCUCCUUCCGACCCCUCUAAAAUCCAAUCCAAUGCCCGCAUCCUUAGGUGGUCUGAUGGCUCCCUUACUCUGCAACUUGGUUCCGAUCCCACACAGCAGUGCGAGCUUGACGGGAGGCCUCUUGCUCCUCCGCAGAUUAACCCAUCCAAGCCUACACCCACAAGUAUCCGGGAUAACAGAAAAAGCGGGACCACGGCGUAUGAUCCAAGCAAAGAUUCCUACACCUAUCUCUGCACGCCCAAUACACGCGAGCAACUUGUGCGCGUCACCAACAAGGUCACCGCUGGUCUUUCCAUUCUGCCAUCCAAGAGCUCAACCGACGACUCCAUAGACCGUUUGCAAGAGAGCCUCGCCACUGCCGCCAAGGCACGCUCUGGUGCUGGCGGCUCCGUAGCGGUCUUCAGCUUGACUGAAGAUCCGGAGAAGAAGAAGAGAGAGGCGGAGGCGACCGAGAGGGAACGCGAGCGUCAUAUCAAGCAGGAAGAGCGUCAAAAGGAGCGUAUGCGCAUGAGGAAUGACCGGAGUUUCGGUCGCAGCGGCUUCGGUCGGUCUGCGGGAUAUAGUGGUUCUCGCUAUGGUCAGUCAAGCGCAUAUGACGAUGACGACCGUGGAGCCCGCGGCUCCAAGCAGAGACGCCCCAGGCGUGAAGAAUAUAGCGAUGAGGAGGAGGAUGCCGGCCCCCGCUCUCGCUUCAGAGAGGACGAGUAUGACGAAGACGACGACUUCUUGGCCGGCAGCGACGAGGAGCCUGAGACGUUCGAAGACGAUGAGGAUAUCGACGAGCGCCUCGAGGCACAGCAGCGCAGGGGGGGUCACGGCAGCCCGAAGAGGGCUCAUGCGGAUGAGGAUGACGACGAUGAUGAAGUUGUUGCGGCAAGUUCUAGGAAGCGAAGACGGGUCGUUGAUGAUGAGGAUGAAGACGACGAGUAA